CUGCCGUUAUUUUCUUCCGCCUGGAGCAGAAUGAGCUGACUGAUGUUAUGAAAUGGGAACGAAACCGGGGGUCAGCAGUUAGCUCCACGAGAAGCGGGUGUUUUCUGCCACCAGUGUUUUAUAAGUGAAUUUAAAGAUGCACUCCCAGAUACUGUGCAGCGGCACCGCGGCGGCCGUGGCUGCCCGGAGGAUGCGCCACAUUCUGGGUGGUGUUCUGGGGAGAGACGGCUGGAUGUGGAGGACUCAUGAGGUCAAAUUCCUCAACACGUCGUCAGGAGACACGGUGACGAUCGGUGAGAUCUCCUACAAACUCAAAGCCCCCCAGAACCCAGAACUCGUUCCUGUGAAACACAUUUCAGACUCGCUGCCUCAAACAGUCGCUCAGCACUUGCGAUGGAUCAUGCAGAAAGACCUGCUGGGUCAGGAUGUGUUCCUCAUUGGACCACCAGGACCCCUGAGAAGAUCCAUAGCUAUGCAGUACCUGGAGUUGACCAAGCGGGAAGUCGAGUAUGUCGCGCUGUCUAGAGACACAACAGAAACUGACUUGAAACAAAGGAGAGAGAUCCGAUCAGGGACGGCCUUCUACAUCGACCAGUGUGCCGUAAGAGCGGCGACACAAGGUCGAGUCCUGGUCCUGGAGGGUCUGGAGAAGGCUGAGAGGAAUGUCCUACCAGUUCUCAACAACCUGCUGGAGAACCGAGAGAUGCAGCUGGAGGACGGACGUUUCCUCAUGUCAGCCGAACGUUACGACAAGCUGCUGCAGGAGCACACCAAAGAGGAGCUGGACAGCUGGAAGAUUGUCCGAGUUAGUGAGGACUUUCGGGUCAUCGCUCUUGGUCUUCCUGUUCCCAAAUACAAGGGCAACCCUCUGGAUCCUCCUCUACGUUCUCGUUUCCAGGCCAGAGACAUCUAUUAUCUGCCAUUCAAGGACCAGUUGGAGUUGUUGUACACAGCAGGACCAAAUAUUGGUGCAGAAAGAGUAUCCCAGCUGCUGUCACUCGCCACGACGCUGUGCUCCCAGGAAUCAUCCAACCUCGGCCUCCCAGACUUCCCAGUGGACAACCUGCUUCCUGCCCUUCACAUCCUGAACGCUUUCCCCAUGCUGUCCUCCCAGCAGCUUGUGCAGAGGCUUUACCCUUACCACAGUAUCCUGGGAAAGGAUGGGCGUAACGCUGUCGAGGGAGUACUUAGUCGGUUUGAGCUUUUGGAUGGUCGUCGGCAGCCAGCACCCAGCGCCAUUUUGAAUGUUUCUCUGGCAAAGGACCUUGAGGGUCAUGCAGACAUUACGUUAAGGGUCGCGGACAAGGAUGUCACCUGUCAGGUUCCAGCAGGCACCAAGGAUCUACGUCCACCCAACAGCAGUCCGACCUUCAUCAACACAGCGAGCCACUCGCAGCUGAUGGCCGAGAUGAUGCAGUCGCACAUGGCUAAGGACAUCUGUCUGAUAGGAGCCAAGGGUUGUGGAAAGUCAGUGAUUGCCAAAGAGUUCGCUGAGAUGCUGGGUUACGGCAUAGAGCCCGUCAUGCUCUACCAGGACAUGACAGCUCGAGACCUUCUCCAGCAGAGGUAUACUCUACCGAAUGGAGACACGGCGUGGAGGCCUUCGCCGCUGGUCACCGCCGCCAUCGAGGGCAAACUGCUGCUGCUCGACGGCAUUCACAGGGUCAACCUGGGAACUCUGGCUGUGCUGUCAAGGUUGCUCCACGACAGGGAGUUGGAUCUGUACGAUGGGACCAGGCUGAUGAGGUGGGACAGAUACCAGACGCUGAAGGAAGACCUGCAGUUUAGUGACAAACAGCUGCAAGAGAGGUCAAUCUUCCCCAUCCACCCGUCGUUCAGAGUGCUGGCCCUGGCAGAGCCUCCAGUCGUGGGCACCAGUACAAGCAGCAGCAGCAGCAGCAGCAGCAGCAGCAAAGGUCAGCAGUGGUUGGGUCCAGAGCUGCUCACCAUGUUCCUCUACCACACCGUCACACCACUGGCCAAAGCCGAGGAGAUGGGCCUCAUACAGGGACUGUGUCCGAAUAUUCCACCUGAAGCAUCAGAGCAGCUCCUUCGCCUCACACACAGCCUCCGCAAUAUGAACGACCCCACGGCCCAGUCUCUGGCCUCGUCUCUCUCCACCAGACAGCUGCUGAGGAUCUGCCGCCGACUCUCUCAGCAUCCCGACGAGAGCAUCGCCCACGCAGUCAACAAGGCCUGUCUGUCCAGGUUCCUGCCCAGCCUGGCGCGAGCCUCUCUGGAGAAAAACCUCGCCAACUGCUCCAUCGAAGACAAACCGGAUCCUGCCGAACACACUCGGGAGUAUCCCUGUAUGGUAAAGGACGGUGUGUUGACGAUCGGCAAUGUGUCAGCUCCCGUCUACAACCCCAGCGAGAAGAUGAAGGUUCCAGAUGUGCUCUUCUAUGAUAAUCCCCAGCACAUGAAGGUGAUGGAGGACAUGUUGAAGGACUUCCUGUUAGGAGAACAUCUUCUGUUGGUGGGAAACCAGGGCGUUGGUAAAAAUAAAAUAGUGGACCGAUUCCUGCACCUUCUCAACAGGCCCAGAGAAUAUCUGCAGCUCCACAGGGAUACGACAGUCCAGACUCUGACUCUGCAGCCUUCAGUGCGAGACGGCAUCAUCACAUAUGAGGACUCACCACUGGUGAAGGCGGUGAAACACGGUCACAUUCUAGUGAUCGACGAGGCCGACAAAGCCCCAACGAACGUCACCUGCAUCCUCAAAACCCUGGUGGAGAGCGGAGAGAUGAUCCUGGCCGACGGACGCAGAAUCAUCUCAGAUCCGCGUGAAGCCAAAGGGAGGCCCAACGCCAUCGUCAUGCACCCAGACUUCAGGAUGCUCGUCCUGGCUAACCGGCCCGGCUUUCCCUUCCUGGGAAACGACUUUUUUGGAGCUCUAGGGGAUAUUUUUAGCUGCCAUGCUGUGGACAAUCCGAAGCCCGAGGCCGAGCUGGAGAUGCUGAAGCAGUACGGCCCCGACGUUCCCGACGCCACUCUGCAGAAACUGGUGGCCGCCUUCGGAGAGCUGCGCUCGAUGGCCGACCAGGGCACCAUCACCUAUCCCUACUCCACCAGAGAGGUGGUCAACAUCGUCAAACACCUCCAGAAAUUCCCCAACGAGGGUUUGGCCAAUGUGGUGCGAAACGUCUUCGACUUCGACUCGUACAACAAGGACAUGCGGGAGGUUCUGAUCGAGGCACUGCACAAACACGGGAUUCCCAUCGGAGCCAAACCGAGCUCCGUCAAACUGGCCAAGGAGUUGCCGCUGCCCGAGGUGAAGAUGACGGGAUACUGGACGGUAAACCAGGGAGGCAACGCUCGCCGCAAACUGCUCUGUCCGACCGAGACUCACCCCAUAGACAUCAAGGGUCCGGUGUUCCUUCGUGUCCAGGGUUAUCCGUGCGGCCGGCAGGAGAGCAGAGCUUUGAACUUCAGCGAGGAGAAAGCUCACUGGCAGAUUCCAAUGAAUGAAGUCAACAUCAUCUGCGACGUCACCACCAAAGACGAUGUUCUGUACGUGGCCACCUGUAAUCCCGUAUCGCUGUACUCUAUGAAGGAACGCGGCGACACAAUAAACUGCAUGGAGCUCUACGACGUUUUCCCUCGAACCAUCAGCGGCGUCUGGCAGCCGUUCGUUACCGUCGCUCCGUUGGGGAAUCCUCUGGACGGACAGGUGGUGCUGCACGAGGAACAGAGUAACACGGUGCUACAUUUGGACCUGGUAACCGGCGCUGUUCGGAGGCUCAUGUUGUCUCCAGAAAGCGAUCAGCCUCAAACCAAAAGCUCCGGCUGGUGGAGCAGCAAAGAGCAACAGGGAGGCGGCCAUAAAAUGUGUCGGGACUUUUCUCACAAAAACUGGCUCCUCUUCUAUAAGGAGGACGGGAACCAGCUGGAGGUUCUGGACGUUCUAGAAGGUCGAGUUCACUCCAUCUCUCUCCCCAUCAACCUGAAGUCGGUGUUCCUGGUGGCUGAGGAUCGCUGGCUGCUGCUGGAGAACAACACCAACAAGAAAUUCCUGCUGACCAAACCCAUGCACAUGGCAGCUGAGGACUCUGGAGUGUGUCAGCUGCACAGCAUCAGCGAGGACUCGGCCAGCUCAGGACACGGAGCCUCCUCGGCCGAGGUUUCCACCCCCCAGAUGUUGUCCUGUGAGCAGCUGCCCAAUGAGAACCUGAGCGCCGCCCUGAACCAGAAGAUAGUUUCUCCGAACCGUGUGCUGGCCGAUACCGGCUGCUACGCCCGAGUCGUCGUGGGAUUCCCCGACCUCAUGUCUCCUAAUGAGGUGUACAGCUUCAACAGACCGGUCGACCUGUCGGAGGUGAAGAGCGAGAGUGGCGCUCACACGUUCUUCAGGGUUGGACUUCGGGCCACCAUCGCCAAACGGGACAACUGUGUCAGCCUGCUGUCGGCCAAUCAGGUGGUCCGAGCCCUCCCACCCAGCAAGGUGCCCCUGAAGACGGUUUACCCCAAAGAUGUCACACCUCCGAUGACGGCAGCGUACCUGGAGGUGACCGAUCUGAACUCCAAGAAGCUCAAAUAUAUUCCGGUCCCCAGGUCGAUGACGGUGUCUCCGUACACCAGCUGGUUGUCGAAGGUGUCGGAGUCGGACGUUCUGAUCGCUGCUCUCGGUUCUGGAGGUGUCGUCACGGUGGAUAUGGGCGGCUACGUCCGGCUCUGGGAGACCGGUAUGGACACUCUGCAGCGAUCUCUGAUGGAGUGGAGGAACAUGAUCGGAGGAGAGGGUGGAAAACCCGUACAGAUCACCAUCCAGAGAAGUAGUGGUCUGGACGUCACCAGCCCUAAACAUGGAAAGAUAGACCCACUGAAUGCUCCUCACAUCGGGGGAAACCAGUGGGCAGGAGGAACAGGCGGCAGAGACACUGCAGGUCUGGGAGGUAAAGGAGGCCCCUAUCGCCUGGAUGCGGGACACAAAGUCUUCCAGGUUUCUCAGGUCGAGAAAGACGCUGUUCCUGAGGAGGUCCGCAGAGCCGCCCGCGAAAUGGCAGAAAAGGCUUUUAAAGAGAGGUUGAAGGAGAUUGAUAUGAGCGAGUACGAUGCUGCGACAUACGAGCGGUUUUCCAAUGCUGUAAGAAGACAAGUUCAGUCACUUCGCAUCAUCCUGGACAAUUUACAGGCUAAAGGGAAGGAGCGGCAGUGGCUGAAGAACCAGGCGCUGGGCGAACUGGACGAUGCUAAAAUCAUUGAUGGGCUAACCGGCGAGAAGACUAUAUAUAAACGCAGAGGAGAGCAGGACCCAGAGCCGGGCAGUCCUCAGCAGAAGCCCAAACGUUUGCGUGUUUUGGCGGACGUUUCGGGCAGCAUGUACCGUUUCAAUGGCGUGGACGGCCGGCUGGAGCGCUCCAUGGAGGCUGUUUGUAUGGUCAUGGAGGCCUUGGAGAGCUAUGAGCACAAGUUCAAGUACGACAUCGUGGGACACUCGGGCGAUGGCUACGACAUCGAGCUGGUCUCAGCGAACAAAGUCCCCAAGAAUAACAAACAAAGACUCAAAGUCCUCAGGACCAUGCACGCCCACUCUCAGUUCUGCAUGAGCGGCGACUACACUCUAGAGGGGACGGCCUUCAGCAUCAAGGAGUUGGCUCAGGAAGAGGCAGACGAACACUUUGUGGUGGUGCUGAGCGACGCCAACCUUGAGCGCUACGGCAUCCGGCCCGAACGGUUCGCCCAAGUCCUGACGUCCGAUCCGCAGGUCAACGCCUUCGCCAUCUUCAUCGGAUCCCUUGGCGAUCAGGCUGAUAGACUCCAAAAGACGCUUCCAGCUGGGAGAUCCUUUGUCGCCAUGGAUACCAAGCAGAUCCCACAAAUACUGCAGCAGAUCUUCACAUCUACGAUGCUGUCCAGUGCCUGAAACGCACACACAAGCGUUUGUUUCUUAUCUAACACACUCAAAACCUCAAAGUUGGUCAGUCUUUGGCAGUGACUUAUCACGAUGUGUCCUUAAAGGAGAAUUGUGGUUUAUCUCAUCCUGGUGUGUUUCCUAUUAAUACGACUAACGUGGCUGGAAGUGUCCUGCAGACUUUGCUCUCUUUGUCUUUGUUGUAGAGAUUCAGGGGAAAUGAGGAGUCACACAGAACAGCAUGUGAAGUGCAUUUAUCAGGGCUGGUUAGCAGCAGCAGCUAGCCUGCAGCUUCUUAAAGAAAACUGAUUUUUACAUGAAUCAUUUUUAAUGUUUUUUUCACUCUGACCGAAAUUAAACACAGAAAAUAGCAACCUAGAAGAAACAUUUUGCAUUAGAUAUCUCCAUGUGGGGUUACACCAGUUUGUUACCAUAUGUGAGUCUGACUUUUACUGUGAAAACCUCCAUGUGUCCAUGCAAGAGAAGAAUCUGGCUGUGAAACUGUGACUGGAAAUGGUGUUUCAUCUUUCCAACGUCAACUGGAAGAAGAGACCAUCAGCUUUCCAGAGCAAGCUAGUGCAGUUAGAAAAAUGUCAGACUGUUAAACUCGAAAACAAAAGAUGAUUCUUGUGUAAAAAAAAAUCUGCAUUCUUUGGAAAGCUGCAGGGAUCUUAUGCUAAAUUAUCAUCAAUUAUCAAGUUAGCAUGACACUGAUGGUACGUGUCCACAGGAGUCGUCAUUUCAACACUUCCUAUUGAUUGUAGGCAGUCAUGCAAUGCUUUCUUGGUGCAUUUCCAGACAUGCUUCCUGUUCCUCAUUAGCAUAAAGAUUAGAUGUUGUCUACUAGCUUUAUGCUAAUCAGGGGCACCUAGCAUGACUCGACGCCUCUAGAAACUCCUGAAAAACUUUUGGGAGUCUGUGUUCAAAUGCAUUUCAAAGUAGUGCACAGGACUCGUUAUUUCAGUGCUUCCUGUUUAAUGUCUAUGUACGCAUCCAUGCAAUGUGUUCUGGUAGCGUCUUGGUGCAUUUCCAGACAGGUUUCCUCUUCCGCAUUUGCAUAAAGUUAAGAUCGAGGCUGCUUUAUGCAAGUCAGGGGCUUCUAGCAUGACUCAGCACAUCUGAAAAAUUUAAAACGUUCUAUGUUUCAAAGUACAACUGUUGAUCAAAAAGUUCACAGAGUGUGUGCAGUGGUACUCUGCUCCCAGGGCUCCUGCAAUGCUUAGAUGUCCAGUUAUUUAGAAAUGCAAAACUGCAUCUGUGAUUAGCUGAAUCUCCUAAAUUGUGUCCAAACAGCAGCAAUUUUUUUCUGAUUUUAAUUUUGGGGAAGAGGAAGAAGAAAUCACAGUGGGCCACAAAUAGUGAACAGAGCAGGUGGAGGAGGUGUAAUCACCAAACUUUGGCAAUGUUUUUCACUAUAAAUGCUUUAAGAAACAUAUUUUAGUGAACUUUUCCCAACGAAGCCGUUGUGUUGGUCAAAUUUGAAACCCAGAAACAGACAGACCACUGGUGAAGUGUUCAUCCAGUCAAGUGUAGAAGGUGUUUGGUGUCCAGAAACGCCGCCGUGGAUACGUACCGUUAGAGCCACAAUAGCCCUAAUAACUGCAAACAUUUCAGGUUGAAAUCCAGCAGAAUUCUCCUUUAAUUUGCCUUCUGUAUCAGAACUCAUGACCUCAUCAGAUCUGGAGACUGGAAACAAGGCUGUAUUUAUUAAAGCCUUCGGCCGGUCGCCAACAUGUGACGGUGUUGCGUUAGCGUGACAGAGCUAACUCAUGUUUUGCAGCUAGGUACAAUCAUCCUGUGAUGUUGUGCGGCGUGACUACAGUGGUUGUGUUAUUAUAAAACGCCUGGAGCCAGACUCCGACCCCAUGUGGGGAUCAAACACUCAAACGUAACCUGUUGUUGUUUUUAAUUGUGUUUUCCAGUGAGGUGACGCACGCAGACUUUGUCCUAUUUCUGGUCGACAGAAACUCGUGGGGGGGAAGGGUCACGAACUUGACACAGCCCCACUUAUUUUGGAUUUCCUCCUCGUUCGUCGUGUGUCACACAAAAACGCGCCGACACUGGCAGGAAGGGUGGCACGAACGCGGUCCUCCGGCCCUUCAAUGAGCCCGGCGGCUAGAAGUCGGCUCCUGAGGAAUGCCGGGACCGUCACCGGGGAAUUUCCCACCUGACUGCACACGCUCUUUAAAGGCCGCCGCUGUUGCACAACCCCCUGCUGUGUGAGUCCAUGUGUGUGUUCUCUGCAGCAUCUAUGUCAACACGCACAAGCCCAUUUCCUCCCUGGCUGCCGGACUUCUGGAGUCUCGGCUCAACCUUCGUCCCGCUCCUCAUCCUCUUUCCCCAACACUUGCAGCCGCUGCGAUCCAAAUUGCUACAGAAAUCUUACUUGUUCAUGCUGAGAGAUCAACUGAACAUAUCAAUAUCUUCUCUGGUUGCCACUAUUCUGCGCUGAUGGGAUCAAUACAGCCAUCUAUCAGUCUGUAUUGAUCUCACUGUGUCAGACGGAUGUCCCUGUUUUCUAUUAACCCACUUUAAUCUCCUCUCUAUCACAGAUCAAGGUUCUGUUUGGACGGCAUUUAAAAAUGUGUAUAGCAGCACAUUAACACACUUUGAAUAUAGUUAGGACUAUUUAAUUGUACAAUGUUGUGAAUUUAUCGUGUGAUAAAUUGUAAAAGUAAUGUACAAAAUUGCAAUAAAUCAUAUUAAUGAGG